AUGGUCCCGUCCAUCCUCCUCCUUGUGCUCCUAACUGCGGAGUUCACCCCCUUCACCACUGCCGAGCCGAGCCCCCAACUCCUCGAACGGUUGGGAGAUAACGUCCCUGCCAUGAAGCUCGUGAACGUGUCCACGUUAUCGCCCGCUGCCGCCAAGAGGCGGGUGCUCUGCUGGGUCAACACGUACCACGCCAAUCACGACGCGCGGCUGGACGCGAUCAAGCGCACGUGGGGCACCAAGUGCGACAAGCUGCUCUUUAUGAGUGACGUGGAAGAUUCGAGCAUUCCGACCGUGCGCAUCGUCGCGCCGCCGUCGCACGAGAUGCUGUGGCAGAAACACCGGGAGAUCGUCCGGCUCUUGGUGCGGGAGUAUCAGGAAGCAGAUUAUGACUGGAUUUUCAAGUGUGACGACGAUACGUUUUUAAUUAUGGAGAAUCUAAAACAGUACCUGACAUCACCCGAUAUUGAAGCACUGGCGAAGCAAGGGCCUGUUCUAUUGGGACAUCGCAUGACGUUGCAAUGGUGGGAGAUGCAACGUUUGUUUGAACCGUUUGAAAACUACGACCCGGAUCAUGUGGCAGCGAUGCUGAAAGUACGUGAUGCAACGAGGGACAAGGGCGGGUUGGUUUACACCCCGGGAGGAGGUGGCUAUGCUAUGAAUUGGGCGUAUUUAAAGACGCUGGAAGCUGCUUUUGAUGAACCUUAUUGCUUACCAAACGAAGUCGUUCCAGAUGACUGGGCGAUUUCGUUUUGUAUGUGGCAUUUAGGGGUGACUUUGCGGGAUACGAGGGAUAGUGAAAAACGAGAGAGGUUUCAUCAGUAUGACCCGAUGGAGGUGUACGCGAAACCGCAUGACGAGGAGGCGUACGACCACAAGAUUUUCACGUCGAUUUAUCAGGAAAACAACUGGUUCUCGGAUCAUAACGGAAUUGGAUGGCAGAAUGGAGAUAAGUGCUGCGCGCCGGAUUCGAUCAGCUUUCAUUACGUCAAGCCACCCAUGAUGGAGUUGUUCUACGAAUUCUAUUAUGGCAAAAGCAGUGCUGCAGCAGACACGUAG